AUGGCUCGGUUUGGCGUGGAUGCGUUGUGGGAUGCUGACAUGUCCUCAUCUUCGGAUGGAGAAGAGGAGGAGACGGACGACAGCCCUUUCCACGAGACUAAGACCAUGGCUACGGGAGAAUGGGAUAAACUAUUGAAGGGCACGGUAUUGGAUCCCUCUACUAUUACUUCAACGGAUGGCAUUGACGAGGACAUGCUCUUUGAAGUGGGUGGGGAGGCUUCUGGAGAAGAAGAGGAGGAAGAGAAGCCGUCUAAGACUAAGGCGUCCGGAUCUCCUGUUGUGGAAGAGGUCUUCAGUGGAGGGGGCCGAGCCCAGCCAGGAGCAUUCACUGCAUAUAAGCCUACUUACUACGAUAUGGUCUCUGAUGAGGUAGCUACUACCACUACUGGAUCCUCCCUGCUUGGUCAAUGGCCAAAACUCCGACAUCCGUAUCUACAGCAGCACCUCUCUUUCCGUCCUAGCUUUGGUGUAGAUGCUCGAAUGGCAAUGCCAGUGGAGUCCACUCUUAACAGACAUCGGAUAAAGGUCCUCCCAUCAGUGCUGCCUCCUUCUCCAGAGACCGUCCCUGCCCCCUUUGUUGAACAGUGUUUCUCGGCGUUCACCUCAGUCGAAGGAUCUACUGUGGCUUUGGAACUGUACGAUCUCUAUCGCUCAUAUGAAGGCUCCCCGAAUGUGCAACGGAGGAAGAGUAUCUUUUCUCUACUCUCUGGCAUGCUGGAAGAUGAUGCUACUGAGGGGGAUGACGAUCUACGUCCCUGGUUGUCGGAGAUCAACCUACCCAUCCCUUCUGGGUCCGAUCCUCUAGAGCGAGCUUUCCAUCAGCUCUUGGCUACUAAAGUGGCAGAGGCGUCCAGAUCCUUGCAGGCAGCGGGAUACCCCCGACUGGCUCGUAUCGCUGCCAUCCUAGGCUUCGAUUCGGCAGACUGGGAGAGUGCACGAAGUGAAGGGACGGUAUCCCUUCUCAAGCAGCAGUUGGCCCAGUGGAAGUUGGACAGCCCUGGGGAGUUCAUCAAAGGGAACACUGUCACUGCGGUGUACCGACUCCUUGCAGGUGAGGUUCAUUCGGAAGAGGUCCUCAGCCGUUGCCCAACCUGGACCGCUAAGCUCGCUGCAUACUACUGUUAUGGCACUAAGGCUGACGGGAAGCGAUACUCACUCGUGGAGAGUAUCAAAGCUGUGGGCCAGGGCUCCGGUAUAGAGUGGGAGCUCUUGAGAGUUCGAGCAGGGAUCGCCACCCCCGAUAGCUUAGCCGAGUCACUACUUUGUUGCUCAACAGCUGAGCCAUUCACCGCCUUCUUAUCGUACCUCACCUAUACGACAAUCGAUGCAGAUGCAACCUUGGAGUCCCUGCCGGCAGCUCGGUUGGCAUCUGUAACGGCUCAGUGGCUGGAAAGUGUUGGUCUCUGGCAGUGGGCAGCUUUGGUGUACUGCGAGUACCUCCUGGUGCCCUCAUCGAGUGUCCAGCUGUUGGUGACUGAUCUGCUCUACCGUAAUAUGCCACGACCGUCGGACUCUUUUCGCCGCAUUGUCCUGAGCCAGCCCGUAGAUGACCAAGGCACUCCAGUGUUCUGUUCGAGAGAAGCAUUGCUUCCUCAGCCGGUGGUGGCAGCUCUCAGUGCCCUUAUGGGAGAGGAUGACCUCAACGCCUUGUUAUGGUCGGCUGCGGCUCCGAGAUUUGAACUACACACAAGAGACUCCCGUCUGGCCGGAGCAGUUUGCUACAUGAAUGCUGGCGAUUGGCGAGAAGCCGCUCGAGUGAUGGACCGUGAGUUAUUGACUGCUCUCGAGGACGUCAUCCUCGGAGGAGACUCUCCGAAUAGUCGGAUGAGUGGUAUGGUAUCGCGGCUGGCGUUCCUGGCCAGUGGUAGUACCAACAGCAGUAGUGCCGAUCCUAUGAAGGAUUGGAUACACUUUGCCAACGCUGUACUGCAAGAUGAUGAUGUACUCACAUCUACCUUCAUCGCCAAAUGCAAGGCCUGUAACCAUCUAGGAAUAGAGAAAGACGCACUCCUCCGAGAGGCAACGGUUGUGGACGGCGAAGGCACGGGCCAUGCGGAGCUGCUACAGCGGUUUACCCCGCGGCCCUUCAACCCACGCUUCGCCUACACCAGCCGGCCCUUCUUCCCUAUCUGUGCUAAGAACAUGAGGAACGGUCAUGGCCGACAGGUCCAAAAGAAAAAGAAGAAACGUGUUAGAGGACGAGGGAAAAGUCAACGCGGUAUCAAAUUGCAACACGAUCGAGGAAUGGACGUGGACCCCGAAACUUGGGAUGGCGGGAAUCGGGCAUAUUACACUAAGUUCCCCAAAUGGCCUGGAGCUAAACGGGAGAUGUCCAGCAAGUACCAGCAGCUUGAGACACUAAGUCUAGCUAGAUUAAGGAAGUUCAUCGAGUACGGUCGGCUAGACACGAGGUAUCCAAUCACUCAGCGGCACCUUUUCGAGAGCAGAUGCGUCAAACGUGUUCGGAAUGGCGUUCGGCUUUUCAACUACAACGAUUAUCCCUUCCCGUAUAAAGUCGAUAUCGAGGUUGCUAGUGUGGACCAGUCGUCUAUAGACAUGAUCAAGCGAGUUGGUGGCAGCGUCACUGUGGUGUAUAUGGAACGAGUGGCGCUACGCGCUCACAUCAAACCGUGGAAAUUCGAGGUCCUCCCCAAGACGGCUAGACCUAACUUGGCAAUGGUUCAUUACAUGGAGAAGAUGAGGGCAAGAGGGGCGAAAGUUCGAUACAUCAAGCCGUUGUGGCUGUUGGAUGAGGAACAGCGUGUUCGCGCACAACUUCGUGAGGAGAUGGCAGAAGAAGACAUCGCCAAGGAGACAAUCCCAGAGCUAAACUCAUGA